AUGAUGCAACUCGGUCAAGCCCUAAACUCGAAGGGAUUCUCAGUUACAGUUGCUCAAGGGGUCUUCCAUCAUCAAGUAAGCUUUUCGGAAGACUUCCCUGAAUUUCACUUUGUCACCAUUCCAAAGAACUUACCGGAGUCUGAUUUCAAGAAUCUCGGACCAGUAGGGUUUUUUCUUAAGCUUAACAGAGAGUGUCAGGUGGGCUUCAAGGAGUGUUUUGGUCAGCUGUUAUUGCAACACAUUAAUGAGAUCUCGUGUGUCAUCUACGACGAGGUCAUGUACUUUGUUGGAGCCGCAGCCAAAGAAUUUAACGUUCCAAACAUUAUUUUCAGCACAACAAGUGCCAUCACUUUUGUUUGCCGCUAUGUAUUCCACAAACUCUACGAAAACAAUGAACCCAAAGGACAAGAAGACGAGCUAGUGCUAGACUUUUAUCCCCUGCGAUACAAAGACUUUCCGGUUUCACGUUGGGCAUCGUUAGAAAGCAUAACGGAGCUGUACCGGAAAAUGGUUGACAAACGGACAGCUUCCUCUGUGAUAAUCAACACGGCAAGCUGUCUAGAGAGCUCGUCUCUUUCUCGGCUACAACAAGAACGACUAGAAAUUCCUGUUUAUCCAGUAGACCCACUUCACAUGAUGGCCUCAGCUCCUACAAGUCUGCUUAAAGAGGACAACAGCUGUAUAACAUGGUUGAGCAAGAAAAAGGUAAACUCGGUGAUAUACAUAAGCUUGGGAAGCUUAGCUUUGAUGGAAAUUAUAGAGGUGAUUGAAAUAGCUUCAGGACUGGCUGCUUGCAGAAAACCCUUCUUGUGGGUGGUCCGACCAGGCUCCAUACGUGGCUCAGAAUGGAUAGAGUGCUUGCCUAAGAAGCUUCUUAAGAUGGUUUCGGGUCGAGGUUACAUUGUGAAAUGGGCUCUGCAGAAGGAAGUACUUGCUCAUCAGGCAGUAGGAGGGUUUUGGAGCCAUUGUGGACGGAACUCGACACUAGAGAGCCUCGGGGAAGGAGUUCCAAUGAUUUGUAGGCCGUUUUCGAGUGAUCAAAAGGUGAACGCGAGGUACUUGGAUUGUGUUUGGAGAGCUGGGAUUCAAGUGGAAGGCGAGCUAGGAAGAGAAGUGGUUGAGAGAGCUGUGAGGAAGUUACUGGUCGGUGAAGAAGCUGAGGAGAUGAGGAAGAGAGCCAUCAUUUUGAAGGAGAAACUGAGAGCCUCUGUUACAAAUGAAGGUUCUUCACACAACUCGCUAGAGGAGUUUGUGAACUUCUUGAGAACUUUACCAUAUAUGCAGGCCCGGCCUAUGCAUGUGCUGGAGGUGCAUAUGCUCAGGGUCCAGUUUCAAAUUUGGGCUUUUUGGACGUUUUACACUAUGAAAAAAUGUCCAAAUAUUCUAUUUUCUUAA